AUGGCACUCAUCUUCUGUCCCUUGAAAAGGAGAACCAAACUCCUUCAUUCCUUCUUCCCUUCUGUCUUCCUGCAUCCAAAUUUUCACCCUCCCCAUCUCACCCACUUCCACUCUUCUUCUCCUCCUCCAAAGACUCCGCCUUUGAAUCCAUCUCCCAAAACCUUCUUCCAAGAUCCCACCUUUCUUCCUCCCAAAUCCUCAAAAUCCGAUUUUGAUUCCGAUUUCGAAGAACCCGCCACCUCUUCUUCCGAUCCUCAGCUCCCGAUCCUCCUGAAUCUCAUCUCCCAGUCCAAAUCUAAGGCUUUAUCUCAGCAGGAGGCGUUGGAAUUCAUUAGGGCUUCCUUUGGAUCGGAGCCUAGCGAGUGUUUGGUGCGCCUGGCUUUGUGGGAACUGAGAUGGGAUUGGGAGUCGGCGUUUCUGGUGUUCCUUUGGGGUUCUGAGUGUGUUUUGGAUUGCCUCUGGGCGUGGAGGUUGAUGAUAUGGGUGCUGGGGAAGCAUGAUAGGUUUGAUUUGGCAUGGCGAGUGGUGAGAAGGAUGUACAGGAGAUCCAUUCUUAACCGCGAUGCAAUUGUGGUGUUGAUGGAAAGGUAUGCAGCAGCAAAUGAACCUAGCAAGGCUAUAAAGACGUUCCAUGCGAUGGAGAAAUUCAAAAUAGCUGCAGAUUCUACAGUGUUCUACACCCUUCUCAGUGCCCUUUGCAAGAACAAGAAUGUUGAGGAGGCUGAAGAGCUGCUGCUUGUGAACCGCAAAUUUUAUCCACUCGAAGCCGAAAGCUUCAACAUUAUUCUCGAUGGCUGGUGCAAUAUCAUUGUUGAUAUAGUUGAAGCAAAAAGAGUGUGGAGAGAAAUGUCAAAUUGCUGCAUUACCCCGGAUGGUACCUCUUAUAUCCACAUGAUUUCUUGUUUCUCGAAAGUCAGCAAUCUCUUUGAUUCUCUCAGGCUUUAUGAUGAAAUGAAGAAGAGAGGGUGGGUUCCUAGUCUUGUCGUCUACAAUGCACUUAUCUAUGUGCUUGCCAAAGAAAAUUGCUUAAAAGAGGCACACAAUAUAUUUGAUAAGAUCAAGCAAGAAGGUCUGGAGCCAGAUGUGGGAACAUACAACUCUAUGAUAUAUCCAUUGUGUGAAAACCAAAGGCUGGAGGAAGCUCAUCGAGUAAUGGAUGAAAUGAUUGAGAGGAAUAUCACUCCAACUAUUCAAACCUACCAUGCGUUUGCGAAGGUCGAUAGCAUAGACGGUACCUUGCGUCUCAUAAAAAAGAUGAGCGAUGUUGGUCGUGGUCCCAAUAGCUGCACUUUUUCAUUGAUUCUUAAUAAGUUUAUCAGAAUGAAUGAAUGCGGCAAUGCAUUGAGAAUGUGGACUGAGAUGAGGAGGUACAACGUUAUUCCUGAUUCUUCACAUUAUACACAACUUAUUGAGGGUUUGAUACGGCAUGGGUGGAUUCCAAAAGCUCUGGAGUUUUACAAUGAAAUGAAAUCCAAGAGGUUCCCUAAUGAUCCUAAAUUUGAGAAGAUCUUCCAGACGUUCGUAACAAAUCAUAAAAAUCACUGGGGCAAAGGCAAAGAAUACAUUACUAGACCACAUGGGAAAAACACGAAUUUGGAGAGAGUAAGGAUCUAUUGAUGAGUAAAGAUGGCAAAUGCGGUGUUAAUAUUUAUCUAAAUGGCACUCACAAAGUGCCUCUGACUAUCUUUGAGGAUCACAAGAUAAGGCUGAAUGUCACACAAUUACAAGCAAAUUAGCUAAUCACUUUCCUAGUGACAUGUGUUUUUAUUAAUUGACCAUGCUGUGAAUUGUGGAAUCAUUGCACUGGCACAUAGAUGAUACUGGAUGAUCAGAAUGCCUCAAUAUAACAGUGAUUAGAGUUUACUGAUGAAAGCCAUGAAGGACGAUAACUUUCUCACCAAUCUUGGAUCUCUUCUCAUUGAGCAUAGUUUACCAAAAUAUUCGAUGAUACUGAGAACACAUCACACAGUAAAGGAGAAGAAACAUGGAAUAUCUUCAGGGAGUUGGUGAUCAUAGUCUCAGUUGUGUACAUGGCAUGCCAGACAUGAAGAUGUUUUCGCCUACAUAUCGAUGACAUGAUAAUACGGGUUAGUCAUUCAUUUUGGUUAUGACUGAUGUCUAGAAUUGUUGGGUAAAUUUUUUAAUAUGGCACCAAACUAUGGUCCUUUUUCAUUUUGGGGUCCAAACUUCAAUUUGAAUCAAAAUAGUUACCCAGCUUCAAUUUGUUUCACAAAGUGGUUACUUGAGAAAUUCCAGCCUAUUUUUAAUGAUGUACAUGACGAAAAUUCUCUAUUAUCAUACAUGACACACUACCUGCUUAGCUGACAAUUCUAGCUUAUUUACUGACAGGGAAUUUCUAUCACAUUAUUAAAAUUAGGCUGGAAUAUUUCAAGUGACUACUAUGUGAAAUAAAAUUAAAGAUGAGUAAUUAUUUUGAUUCAAAUUGAAGUUUGGUUCCUAAAAUGAAAAAGAAUCAUAGUUUGAUGCCUUAUAAAAAAAUUUACCUAGGAUUGUUACUUGCAUGCCUGGGUGAAUUUUUUGAAAUUAUUGACUACUGAUGUUUGAUCCUUGUCUA